AUGGCCUUAAGUGGUCAAGGGGUGCUAAGAAUCCCUGGGAAGUAUGAAAUAGCGGAGGGAUGUUGCAGAAAAAUUCAGAACGGUCCCUCCAUGGUACUUAGACUUGGAACGCUCAAUGUUGGAUCACUGACUGGCCGCAGUAUGGAAAUCGCAGAAAUGCUCGAGCGUAGAAGGAUUGACAUCUGCUGCCUUCAGGAAACCCGAUGGAAAUCGAAUGGUGUCUGUCAUGUCAACUCAGACAAAGAAAAAUAUAAACUAUUCUGGAAUGGUCAAAAGACGGCCAAAUUGGUGUUGGAAUUUUUGUCAGAGAACCGCUAA